UACCAAAAUCUUCAUUCUCACGCUUCCCUUCAAAAUUCCGUUCCCCGUUUUCAGUUUUCAUCGCCCGAGAAUUCGGUGCAGUGUCUUUAUAUGUAGAAAUUGCGAAAAGAAAGAAAGGGUUUGGGGAGAAUUUAGAAGAAGAGAAAAUUAGAGUGUGAGAAGAGAAAGAGAGACUUGUGGAAGCUGUUGCUGUGUUGGAUUCUUGGUUGAUCGUUCAUCAGAAUUUUGUUUGAUUCCUAAUUUUGUUUUUGCUUUUUGGGGGAAUAAGAAAGAAGAAGAAAAUAAUAGGAAUUUCCAGUGGUGAGAUGUGGACUGGUGUCGCUGGCCUGUGGGCUUCUUACGUCGGCUGUAUUAGUUAUAAUUUCGACAGCGAUAGGGGGUUGAAACAGCAUGUGGAAUGAGAAUAAGAUAAGAGAAAGACGGAGGGGUCCAGUUUGUUUUAAGUUGCUAAAUAUAAUGCAGUGUCUCUGCUCAGGGGAACAGUCACUUGGAAAUCAAAUGGUCCCUUCUUCUGAAUCUCUUGCAACCAAGGAUUAUUCGGCCAGUGUUCAUUCAUCUAGACCGGGAGAAACUGAAAAGAAGCCUGACAUUGGUAACAUUGAAGAAGCUGAAACAUCACUGCGCGAAAGUGGUUGUUUAAAUUAUGAGGAAGCAAGAGCAUUAUUAGGGAGGUAUGAGUAUCAAAAAGGGAACAUACAAGCAGCCUUGCAUGUGUUCGAAGGAAUUGAUAUUGCUGCUGUUACUCCAAAGAUGAAAAUCACACUUUCUAAAAAAGUUGAAACUCAUAAGAGAAGGUCACAGAACUAUGCAACCCCUCCAAUGUCAAUACACGCAGUUAGUUUGCUAUUUGAAGCAAUCUUUCUAAAAGCGAGAUCAUUACAAGCACUUGGGAGGUAUAAAGAAGCUGCUCAAUCAUGUUCAGUUAUUCUGGACAUUGCUGAAUCUUCAUUACCAGCAGGCUUGCCUGAAAACUUUGGUGCUGACUGUAAAUUGCAGGAGACACUAAAUAAGGCUGUCGAACUGCUUCCAGAAUUAUGGAAACUCGCAGAUUCUCCUCGUGAUGCUAUCUUGUCGUACCGCCGGGCCCUUCUCCAUCAAUGGAAUCUUGAUGCACAAACUACAGCAAAGAUUCAAAAAGAGUUCGCAAUUUUUCUUUUGUACAGUGGAGCUGAAGCCAUUCCCCCAACCCUGCGAUUCCAAAUGGGCAAUGCAUUUGUACCCAAAAACAAUGUUGAGGAAGCCAUUCUUCUUUUGAUUAUUCUUUUGAGAAAAGUUUCCCUCAAGAGAAUUGAGUGGGAUUCUUCAAUUUUGGAUCACCUUUCCUUUGCGUUAUCAAUAUCUGGUGGACUCAAGGGUUUAGCUAAUCAAGUCGAAGAGCUUCUUCCUGGAGCUAUUGGUUGGAAGGAAUGGUAUCAUAUUUUAGCUCUCUGUUAUCAUGGAGAAGGUGAAGACUUCACCGCUUUGGAUUUAUGGAAAAAAUUGUUGAAAACUCAUGAGGAUUCAACAUACUUACCAGCUUUAUUGUUUGUUUCAAAGAUUUGUGGGGCAAGCUCAACAUAUGUAGAAGACGGGAUUAGUUCAGCUCGCAGAGCAGUUGAAAACUCGCAUGUUGGAUGUGAUCAGUUACUGGGUGUUGCUCAGUGCAUGUUAGGCAUCUCGCUUUCAGCAAAUUGUGGAUCUGCCGUGUCUGAUAGUAAGAGGGUUGAAAGACAAACUGAAGCCCUCAAGUCCCUGGAAAAUGCCGCAAGAAUGACAAAAAUGCUGAACCCUGUUAUUAUAUACCAUCUCUGUUUAGAAAAUGCUGAGCAGAGAAAGUUGGAUGCAGCACUUAAUCAUGCAAAACACUUGCUUAAAUUGGAAGGCGGAUCUAAUAUUCGAGGAUGGAUCUUGUUGGCUCGAAUAUUAUCUGCUCAGAAAUGUUUUCCGGAAGCUGAAACUAUCAUUAAUGCAGCUCUAUCGCAGACUGGAGUAUGGGAACAGGGAGAAUUAUUGAGAACUAAAGCUAAGCUCCAAAUUGUGCAGGGCCUGAUGAAGGAGGCCAUUGAAACUUAUUCUCAGCUUCUUGCUGUCCUUCAGGUUCAGCGUAAAAGCUUAGGUUCAGGCAAGAAGCUUAAGGAAGACAGAAGCCACAUUCAGAAUUUAGAGCUCGAAACAUGGCAUGAUUUGGCUUCCAUCUAUAUAAAAUUGUGCCGGUGGCAUGAUGCUGAGCUCUGUCUUUCAAAAUCUGAAGCCAUUAGUGCCUUUUCUGCUUCUAGAUGGCAUGCGGCUGGUUUGCUUCAUGAAGCUAGGGACCAACGGAAAGAAGCACUAAAGGCAUAUGGGCUGGCUCUGGAAAUUGAUCCGACACAUGUCCCAAGUCUUGUCUCCAAGGCCAGAGUUCUCAGACAGAUGGGUUGCCAGUCUCUGGCUAUCAUACGAAGCUUUCUGACAGAAGCUUUACGUCUUGACAGAAUGAAUGCUUCUGCAUGGUACAACCUCAGCCUGCUUUACAAGGAUGGAGGUGGUUCUUCAGCUGUUGAAGCUGCUGAAUGUUUCCAAGCUGCUACUCUUCUUGAAGAUACUGAACCCAUUGAGCCCUUUAGAUGACUGCUUCCUAUUUGUCAAUGCUUGUACUAUUCACAAAAGUAUUUUGAUCUUGUAUUUGUUUGAGGAAAAGAAAUAAAGUAGAAAAUUUUGUUCUCUUUUCA